AUGGCUAAAAGAGUUGAAGCAUUGGAUGAGGUGGUUGAUGGGGUCUUGAACCCUCCUCCAGACAGGAAUAAGCGAAAGAUAAUCCUCAAUGCGUUUGUGAUGAAUACGCCUACUCAUCACAACUUUGGCCAAUGGAGAAAUCCAGCUGAUAAGACCCCUCUCUCUGAUCAGGACUGGAAUACUAUUGAUUAUUGGGUUAAUAUCGCCAAAGUCUGUGAAAAGGGUAAAUUCCACGCUCUCUUUAUUGCUGACACUUUAGGUGCUUAUGAUAUAUACAAUGGACCAGACAAUUUCAAGCCUUCGGUACGUAGUGGUGCUCAAUUCCCCGUAAAUGACCCGCUACUACUUGUUCCAGCACUUUCAUACGCUACGGAAAGCAUUGGCUUCGGAGUCACUGCUUCUACAACCUAUGAUCAUCCGUACGAAUUAGCCCGACGGUUUUCCACAGCGGAUCACCUUUCAAAUGGUAGAGUUGGUUGGAAUAUUGUUACAUCUUAUCUUGAAAGCGCUGCUAAAAACCACGGCCUUCAUACUCAAGUUGAACAUGACGAGAGGUAUCAAAUUGCCGACGAGUACCUAGAAGUGGUAUACAAGCUAUGGGAAGGAUCCUGGCAUGAUAAGGCAGUAACCAAAGAUGUUGAGAGAAAUGUGUAUGCUGACCCUGAAAAAGUAAGAGCCAUAAAUCAUAAGGGUAAGUACUUUAAGGUGCCAGGACCACACAUUACAGCGCCCUCGAAACAGCGGACCCCAUUCCUAUUUCAAGCUGGGUUAUCUGUUGCUGGAAAGAAUUUUGGUGCUAAGCAUGCAGAGGGAAUAUUUGUUACUGGAGAUACUCCUGCCCUGGUGAGGAAGUCUGUAGAUGACUUGAGGAAAAAGGCCCAGGCGUUGGGAAGAGAUCCAUACUCCUUGAAGACAAUCCUUGGAAUUACUGUAAUAACUGCAGCUACGGAUGAAGAGGCGCAGGCAAAAGCAGACGAAUACACUAAAUAUAUUGAUAAAGAAGCUAUCCUUGUUUUCAUCUCUGGUGGAAGUGGGUUUGACUUGGGCCCCUAUUCGGAUGAUUUUGAUUUACGCGACUCUGAAAACUUGGGCUUGGCUAAUUAUAUUAAGAAGAAGGCAAUCGGUUUAAACCAAGAAAAUGAAAAGUGGACCAAAUGGAAGCUAGCUGAGAGUUACGGCUUGGGUAAUGGAUCCCCCGUUAUUAUUGGUGGGCCUGAAACUGUCACUGACAAGCUACUCGACUGGGUAGAUGAAGGAGAUGUGGACGGGUUCAAUCUCAAGAACCUGUUGCUACCUGGAUCAUACGAAGACUUUAUUGAAUAUGUUGUACCUGAAUUACAGAAGAGAAACAGGUUCUGGACGGAUUAUGAUGUACCAAAAGGAAGCAUCAGAGAGAAUGUGUACGGUACUCCUGGAAACAGUAAACUUAGACACGAUCACCCAGCUUAUGUCAAGUAUAACUGGGAGACUGGCACUGCUUUUCAUGCCAACGGAACUGAAUUGACACACAAAUCCGAGGGGGGUGAUCUCAAGCGUAAAUAUGAGGAUGUAGAAGAAUAG